AUGUCUGCAAAGACCAUCGCGGUGCUCAACGAGUCUGAACUGAAGGAUGGAGAGUUGAAACAAGUCGACUUUGAGGGCGAAGGAAAAGUCCUCCUCUCACGUUUGGGCGAUCAGAUUCAUGCGACUAGUGCAUUCUGCACUCACUAUGGCGCACCGCUUGCGAAGGGUGUGCUCACCGCUGACGGCCGAGUCGUCUGUCCUUGGCACGGAGCAUGUUUCAAUGUCUCCACUGGCGAUAUCGAGGAUGCGCCCGCGCCCAUGGCGAUCCACUCUUUCAAAGCUCAUAUCGCCGAUGGGAAGAUCCACGUGACCGCGAAUCCCUCCGACACGCUCAAGAACAACAUGUCCCGCCAGUCCAAGCUGCUUGCCACCGGGGUAGGCAGCGGGAAGGGCGUUGUCAUUGUCGGGGGAGGAAGUGGUACCUUCCAUUGCAUCGAGAGUUUGCGGGAGCAUGGCUUCAACGGCCCGAUCACCGUCCUCUCCAAGGAACAUUACAGCCCUAUCGACAGGACGAAGCUGAGCAAGGCGCUCAUAACCGAUCCGGCCAAGAUCGAAUGGCGCUCGGCGGCAGACCUCAAGACGAAGUACGGCGUAGAUCUGCGCACAGGCGUACAGGUCGAGUCCGUCGACGCGCCCGCGAAAAGCGUGCGCCUUACCGACGGCACCACCGUCCCGUACGAGACGCUCGUCCUCGCCACCGGUGGGCUUCCCCGCCGCCUCCCGAUCGACGGCGCGAGUCUAAGCAACGUGUAUACGAUGCGCGGCGUCGAGGAUGCGCAGAAGAUCGACGCAGCGUGCAAGGAGGGCAAGCGGUUGGUCGUGAUUGGCUCCUCGUUCAUCAGCAUGGAGCUCGUCGUCGCUGUAUCCAGUAGAAAGCUCGCAUCCAUUGACGUCGUCGGACAAGACUCCGUCCCCUUCGAGUCCGUCCUCGGCAAGGAAGUCGGUCGGGGGCUCAUGAAGUUCCACGAGUCCAAAGGCGUGCACUUCCACAUGAACGCCCAGGUCUCGAAGAUCGUGCCCUCGCCGAACGACGGCUCCAAGGCUGCCGCAGUCGUCGUGAAGAGCAGCGCGGGCGAGCACACGCUCCCCGCGGACGCGAUCAUCAUGGGCGUCGGCGUCGGGCCCGCGACCGAGUACCUCAAGAGCGGGCAGAGCAAGGGCUUCGAGAGCGCGCUCGACAAGACCGGUGCGGUACUAGUGGACGAGUACCUGAGGGUGAAGGGCCUGCAGGGCGUGUAUGCCAUCGGGGAUAUCGCGAUGUACCCCCAACCUGGGACAGGGGAACUUCGUAGGAUCGAGCACUGGAAUGUCGCGGGUAACCAGGGACGUGCGACGGGCAAGACAAUCGCAGAGGGCAAGGGACAGCCAUUCGUCAAGGUCCCUGUUUUCUGGAGUGCCCAGGGCCAGCAGCUCCGCUACUGCGGCGUAGGUGCUGGGUUCGAGGACGUGAUCAUCGUCGGCAACCCCGACGAGUUAAAGUUCAUCGCGUACUACGUGAAGGACGACAAGGUUGUCGCUGUGGCGAGUAUGCAGAAGGACCCUGUCGUCAGCAAGGCGUCGGAACUGCUCCGCCUGGGCUUGAUGCCUUCUCCCUCGGAGCUGCGCGCUGGCAAGGAUAUCCUUUCUGUCGACAUACAGACGGUCAACGCCAAGAAGGUCGUAGGAUGA